CCACUGUUGGACACAAUCUCCCUCGGCAUCUCGACCCGCAUGACGUCGCCGGCCUUCCACGCGCCUCCGCUGUCGGCGUUCUUCAAAAAGGAAGAAGAACUACUCGUCACGCAUGGCCUGGCUGACGUGCAUUCACCCGCAAUGUUCCACCACGCGUUCGACAUUGGAGACUUGAUUGGACGCGGCAGCGUUUCGAUGGUGUAUGCAUGCCGCCAUAAAUCUACCCUCCGCGAAUACGCCGUCAAAGUCAUCAACAAACAACUGUGCAUCAAGAAGAAGAGCUUGCGCGACGAAAUCUCGGUCCUCAUGCGCGUCAAGCACCCCAACAUCAUCAGCCUCGAGGCCGUAUAUGAAAGCGACCAGGAACUUUACCUCGUGAUGGAGCGUGCAACGGGCGGCGAACUGUUUGACCGCAUCGUCCAAGUUGGCGUGUACUCGGAGCGCCAGGCCGCCGACAUUGUGACGCACCUGCUCCUCGCACUCGAGUACCUCCACGAUCACAAUAUUAUGCACCGCGACAUCAAGCCGGAGAACCUUCUCUUGGGCACGAGCGAGCGCCCGGACGACAUCAAGAUUAGCGACUUUGGCAUAGCCAAGAUUCUCGAGGACAUGGAAGACGACGACAUGCAAGGCAUACAGACACGGCGCGCUUCGAGUGCCGCCUGCCGCGGCCGUGCGUACACGAGCUGCGGCACAGACUACUACGUCGCGCCGGAAGUACUCAACGGGAAUGGAUACGACAUCAAGGUCGACAUCUGGAGCUUGGGCGUCGUGAUAUACAUCAUGCUGUGUGGUUUUCCGCCGUUCACAGAGGACGAGGGCGGCAUGGAGUCGGUGUACCGCAAGAUUACGUCCGGCGUGCUCGAGUUCCCCGAUCCGUACUGGACCAACGUGUCUGACGUCGCCAAGUCGUUCUUGAGGAGCUUGUUAAAUGUCGACCCCACGCAGCGAAUCAGCGCGGAAAAAGCGCUCGAGCAUCCCUGGAUUCGGGGUCGGACUGUGUCGACGAGCGAAGCACCGCUGCGGUCGGCAAUACACGAAAUGCGGCGAUUCAAUCAGAAGCGCCGGUUCAGCUAAUUGUAUAUAUCGUAGCCUUGUGGCGUGCUUAUGGAGCAACCUUCGGCCUGUCAACGUGCGCCGAGUCGUGCACCUUCGAUCGUCUAGUCUUCCGCGAGCCAGACAUGCACCUACCAGCGCAUUGUUCACGACGGAUGGUCGACGACUGAUGGCAUCGAGUUGCUGUGAAGCAUGCACCUUUUGCCACAAGGCGUCUUUCUCGCGCUUGGUAGCAGCUUCCUUUGUCCAAAUGUUGACUCGACGGACCCACGCAUGGAGAGCCCGCCGCUUGACGCCGCGUUCGUGUUUGGCUUGAGCUUGACGGGCCUGUGAUUCUCGCCUUUGUCUCAACGACUUGACCACAUCCCAGACUCGGCGAACGAGGUGUCGAUGGACGAUGGAGCGUAGGGACUCUUCGCGCUGGAUCAUGGUGGCGCGAUGACCCUGACGCUUCAUGAUUCCAGCACCAGACGAA